AGCCAGGGUGGGUCCCGGGACCCACCCUAUCCUAAGUUGGCUCCGCCACUGACCACAAGUAAAUACGUAAAAAUAGAUCAAAAUAAGAUUAAAGAAUCGUCGAAAAAGCAUUUUAUAAUUGGUUCGUCGUGUUAAUUUUGGAAGUAAGAGAACGUCACAACUCGAAACCAAAAAAAGAUAGGUCAAAUACUCAAAUGGUAAAUAGUUUGACAAAACUAUGAAAUAGACUGAACAUUUCAAAAAUCAUGUUUGCACAUUUUCACACGCCUAAAGCUAGGAUUAGCUAUGGCAAUUUCGACCUAACCCGUUUUACCCGAUUUGUUUGAUCUGUUUUGAAGCGCGGUGGGCAUUCGAAAAAGACAUAGAGGUGGUGUGAAUUUAAACCCAAAUCUCUCCACAUUUUUAUAAGCAAGCCAAACAUGAGUAUUUGAGUUAAAAAUUAUGCAAAUGGGAGAUUAAAUUAGACCCAAAUCCCACAUCCAAAUUAUCUAUAAUGCUUAAACUGUAUUCAUCGAUUGUAUCCUAAAUGUGCACUUAAACCAAUAUUAUUUUUAGGGAUUAAAAUGCGGGUAUUGAACCAUUAAUCUCCUUUUUUAUGUUAUUGUUUGUGUAUUUUAAUGUGGAAAGAAGUAAAACGAAAUAUCAUAAUAACCCUUAAGAGAAUAACUAGAACUAUAAUAAAAGGGUUAAAUUCAAACUAAACCGUCAUAGCUAAUCAUCAACCAGACGGUUAACCAAAGAAGAAGUAAAGGAAGGAACAAUAAACAAACAAAGAAGAGGAAGAAGAAGAGAAUGGAUUAUUGAUGUGGUUUAGUGCGUUUAAGGGGAAGGAUUUCAAGGAGGGCGCCAAAAAUACCCAAAAUUAACCGAUUGAAGGACACCCAUGAACGUUUCUUUGGGAGACAAAUAGCGUCAAAACAAGGAAGGAAAGAGCUUGAGUCUGGUUCACGCCAAGCCCCCCAAUUUGGCCACAGAAGAGAGAGAGAGAGAGAGAGAGAUGGAGGCUUUGAUUCCUUCUUUCUUCCCUUUCUUCUGAUUCUCCCAUUUCUCUUUCCCUUCUUCCUCCGUCACCCAUUCCUUCCUAUAAAGAACCCCUUCCCCACACUUUCCCUCUCAACCAUCUUCCACAACCCUCUCUUCCUUUCCUUCCCCCUGUUUCUGUCUUAAAGUUGGGAGCUUUACCCAUUCCUUUCCCAGCUACCCUUUUCCCCUCUCUGGAAGUCAAAUAUGGAGAAGCACAGCUUCGUGAAGAAUGGCGUCCUGAGGCUGCCACCUGGCUUCAGAUUCCACCCGACUGACGAAGAACUCGUUGUUCAGUACCUGAGGAGGAAAGCCUACUCCUUCCCUUUGCCGGCCUCCAUUAUCCCUGAAGUCGACGUCUGCAAAUCCGAUCCCUGGGACCUGCCAGGGGAUUUGCAGCAAGAGAGGUACUUCUUCAGCACCAAGGAGGCCAAGUACCCGAAUGGGAACCGUUCGAAUAGAGCGACUGCCUCGGGUUACUGGAAGGCCACAGGGAUCGACAAGCAAGUUCUGGCUUCCAAAGGGAAUUAUGCUGUGGGGAUGAAGAAGACCCUGGUUUUUUACAGAGGGAAGCCUCCCCAUGGAACUAGAACUGAUUGGAUCAUGCAUGAGUACCGCCUGCUUAGUCCUGAAACUACUGCUCACGCCAACAACAACAACAUCUCAACUCAUCAGAGCCCUGUUGUGCCAAUGGAGAACUGGGUUUUGUGCCGGAUUUUUUUGAAGAAGAGGGGGGCCAACAACAAGAACGAGGAGGAAACCAGAAGCAGCAUUCAAAUUGGGGACCAGAAAAAUGGGAUAAUCAUUCCUUCCCCCAACCCCAAAACUGGGACUACCACUCCUACUACUAGAAAGGUUGUGUUCUACGACUUCAUGAGAAAGGACAACAGCAGUACAAGGGAUUUGAAUGUUGUUCCAUGUGGAUCAUCUUCGGGAUCAAGUGGGAUCACAGAGGUUUCGAGUGAUGAACCAAAAGAGCAUGAAGAAGAAGAAGAAGAAGAAGAACACAGCAGUAGCAAUUGCCACAACAGUUUUCCUUAUUUCAGGAGAAAACCAUAGAAAGACCCUCUUUUUUUCACUUACCACCCACUUCAGAAUUACCCUGUUUCCAGUUCUCUGUAUCAGUAAAGAUCCAUCCCAAGGCUUAUUUCUAGUUUCAGAAGUAACUUAUCUUGAGUUUGUUCAUUUGAUUCCCUCCCAUGUACUAAUGAAAAUCAGUCUCUAGACAGCAUUGUUAAGUUAACUGUUAAUCAGAUCAGUUAUGAAUGUAAUCAAAACCAGAACUUCACCCAUCUAUUAGUCUGUGUUAUUUACUUUCAUGCAUAUGACACAAUAUGGUGGUUUUGGAGCUGAACUUGGUCAGGGAUUGUGUAAGGCUUACGUUAUCUCUGAUUCCAACAGCCGCAUGAGCGUGCGAAAUUCACACACUUUACCUAAAGGGCUGCACGAAAAGAAAAGUCCUCUUUUUGGGAGGAACAUUGUCAAGAAUGAGAACCCUCAAGCAGCUUAGCAUCAGAAUACGGGAAUGUCAUUCUUUUAGGCAAAAGAUUGCUGCAAGUCAGCUUCACUAAACUUCACAUGCAGCAGAAGGAAGGAAACUUGUGGGGAAAGCAAAUUGUACAUUUAUUUAACUAGGGAGAACCAAAUUCUUCAAUAUCUCGAAUCUCUAUGUAGAUGGUAUCAGAAAAGCUUGAAAGACACUCAAUUGCAUGCAACUGGAGAACUGUAGUAGCAGUAGCAGUGAGGGUGGAAGAAUCUCAAGAGGAAGGGGGAAAAACAGACAUUCUUUCUUGCAGCAGUUCAUAGAUAUCUGCAAAAUCUUUUUUUGGGUGGGUUUUGGCUGCUGCGGCUAAUUUUAAUAAUGUCAAACUCUUGAGAAUAAUAAGAAGAAACAUAAUAGGGUAUGUUUGUUGCGGGGAACAGGGUUAACAAGAAAUUCAAAUUUCGAGACUGGUAGGUUGGAACAUGGAGACUUGAACGAGUAAUAAAUAUAUAUAUUCAUAACUUAAAUAUUUGAUGUUAUUGUGUGUUAAAGUAAAGAACUUGGGGAGAAGAAAAAGAAGAUUGAGUCUUUAGCAAGGGAAGCAUCUGAACACGACCUGGAAUCCAAAGUUACAAUGACUUUUACUUGUGGAAGUGUGUGUAGAUUGAUUUAUGUCUCUUUGUAUUAUGCUUGCAAGAGAACCCUUUUGAUUAAGUUUAAGUAAAAACACAUUUUUAUCAAAUUACUUUCCAGCAGCAGCAGAACCAUAAAAGUGACUCUUUCCUGUGUGUGUUUUGUAAGAAUGUGAUUCUGCUAACUAGUUUCCAAUGCUUGCAGCUUUGACUUUAAUCUAGAACCAAAACUCAGACAAAAAAGACAACAUUUUUCAGUUCCUUCUCUCUUCUUUACAACUCGUUUGAUUAACCAACCUAGUUCGAGCAGAAUAAGAUCGCAAGUGUAGCAAAACUCUCUCUACCAAGCAAUACAAUACGGCUUAGCUCCUAAUCACACAAACAUGCAGCUGCAGGUGGGGAGGAAGGCUGUUUAGUAACCUAAUUAAGUUAAGGUAUGAUAUGGUUGACUCACCCAUCCAAAUCAAAGAUUUAAUAAGUUAAGAAACUUUCAUAAACUAUGUUUUUAACUUUCAUAAACUAAUAAUGCAAGACAAAAGUUAAGUGAUAACUUAGCACUCAUGAAAAUGGUGAAAUUAUAGAAAAACACAAAACUUGUAAGUUAGGUUGUCAGCUUACACAAACUAUGUAUACAAGGAUGAUGUCACAGGGGGUAGGGGGAGCAAAUGAGAGAUGGCCAAGUGGACGCCGGAUAGUCAAUGGGCGGCAAUUAGUAAACCUUGAUUAUGUGGGGAUGAUGUGCUAAUUGGCAUGCUAUAACAGGGGGAGUGGGGGCAACAAAAAAAGAUAAUUAAUUUAUAGUUUGAUGUAUAAUGAUGAGAUAAUAAUAAUAAGUAUAUUGUAUGAUAUGAAAGAUCAAAGCUCUAGUAAUAAGCCGACCAGAGUUUCUUGUGACAGUAGGUUUAGGAAGGGGGCCUAAAUGCUGUUGGAGUUCUUCACGUCACUUUUUCUAUAUAUAAUGAAUAAGUAAAUGGAGUUUCACUUUCAUGGCAGAUAGAAAAAUGGGUUAAUAACACUUUUGGUCCACAAUAUUACGUUGAUAUGUCCACGUACAGCACCAUCUAUUCUAGAACAUGUUGGUUUGAGUUAUAAGGACGAAGACGAACUUGCUGAACAUGUUUUCCUUAAAGGGUUUAGAAGAAAUGAACUAGAAAUAGAUAAACAUGGUAUAUGGACUUGUUUGCUAAAAUAACAUAGUACAGGGACUGUAAAGUUAUUCACCCAAAAAGUAGAGAGAGGAUUGGUUCGGGUUGGGUUGUGGAUUGCUGACUUGUGGAACUCCUCCCAUGGAUUUGUCAAUCACGUGGGCAGCCCCUCAAAGUCGACCACACGCACACACCACCAAGAAGAAGCAAAGCCAAAGAGAGAUCAAAAGCAACAACCUUUCAAGGUCAAUCACUAAUUCAUUUCCCUUUCUUCUAGCAAUUCCAAAUUCUCUAUUCCUUUCCCAUCUCAUCAUCCUUAGAUCCCACAAAACAAACAAGCCUAAUACCAGUACUCAACCAUCCACAAAUCCCUACAGCACAAAGGGACAGUUUGGUCCCUUGAUAUAAAAUUAUCAUCUUUAA